UUUUUUUUAAACCUGUCUUCCUUUGAAGAAGUAACUCAGGAAGCUUCAUGGCCUCUCAAGAACCUCAAGGACAAAUAAACCCAAUCUUUAAGGAUUAUCUCCCUGGUUCUGCUGAUCUACCUGAACAGAACCAGUGUGUUGAAUCAACAAGUGCUUGGAAGCAAACAUCGCACUCUUAUAACUUGCCACCUGGUCUGGAGUACCUGAGACAGCUGGACCGGAUUAUUAUUCAUCAGCAAGUGGAGCUUCUUGAAGCUUUACUUGGCACAGAGACCUGCAGCAAGUAUGAAAUAAAAAACCAUUUAGGACAAAGAGUUUACUUCGCAGUGGAAGAAAAUGUUUGCUUUGAUCGUAACUUCUGCUCACCUAUAAGAUCUUUCACCAUAAGGAUUGCUGACAACGCAGGCCGAGAAGUGAUUACUGUGAAUAGACCCUUGAGAUGCAACAGCUGCUGGUUCCCAUGCUUCCUGCAAGAGUUAGAAGUUCAGUCCCCACCAGGCACAAUAGCUGGAUAUGUUGUUCAGAACUGGGACCCCUUUUUGCCUAAAUUUACUAUACAGAAUGAAAGCAAAGAAGAUGUAUUAAAAAUAAUUGGCCCAUAUGCAACUUGUGGCUGUUUUGAAGAUGUUGACUUUGAGGUAAAAGCUCUCAAUGAAAUGACAACAAUUGGCAAAAUUUCCAAGUACUGGUCUGGAUUUGUAAACAAUGUAUUUACCAACACUGCCAACUUUGGGAUCCAGGUCCCAGUAGAUCUUGAUGUGAGAAUCAAGGCAGUAAUGAUUGGUGCUUGCUUCCUUAUUGACUUAAUGUUCUUUGAAAAUUCUUUGGAUGGAUUAUAACAAGAGGAGAGAAACAAUAAAAUAUGCAGAAUAUGUUUCAAAGUCCCCUGAGCUUUGGAUGUGAUUUUGAAC